AUGGAAAUUGCUUUGGAAUAUGCCAAAGGAAACUCACUAGGCUCUUACAAUCUACUUCCUGAUUACCUCCAUAAACUAGCAGAAGAAAACCCUGGAACCCUAGCUGAGAUUGAAACUGAAUACAACGAGAACAUAGGAAACAGGUUUAAAUUCAUGUUUCUAGCUAUGGGUGCUUCUAUUAUGGGAUUUGAGCACAUGAGAAAAGUUGUAGUUGUCGAUGGAACCCAUUUGAGAGGAAAAUAUGCUGGGUGUCUUCUAACUGCAUCUGCCCAAGACGGCAAUUACCAAGUGUUUCCACUAGCCAUUGCUAUCAUCGACAGAGAAAAUGAUAACUCGUGGGAGUGUUUCUUCAAAAAGUUACAAGCAUUCGUUCCAAAUACACACAAUAUCAUGUUUGUAUCUGAUAGACAUUCAUCUAUCUAUUACAGAUUGGCCAAGGCUUAUCCAGAAGCAAAACACUGUGCAUGCAUCCUUCAUUUAAAGAGAAAUAUCAAGACUUAUUCCAAAGAUAAGAAUCUAGGAUUCUUGGUUGCAAAAGCUGGAAGGGCAUAUAGGUUGGCUGACUUCUACAAGAUUUUCAAUGAGAUAAAACAUGUCAAUGCCUCUUGUGCAUAUUAUCUAAUUGGAAUAGGAUUUGAGCAUUGGGCACAUUCCCAUUUCCCCGGACGUCGUUACAAUAUUAUGACGAGUAACAUUGCAGAAUCAUGGAAUGCAGUGCUUCGUGAGGCCAGAGAAUACCCUAUGUUGGCCCUUGUAGAAUUUAUUAGGGCAAAGCUAAUGUCUUGGUUUUCUACUAGGGGCUCAACAAUCUCAGCAAGUUUAGACAAUUUCACACCGAAAGUAAUGGAAAUUCUCGUAGUUAAUUUCGAGUCUUCGGCAGGUUUCGAAGUGAAGAAAAUAAAACACUUGGAGUAUGAAGUACGGAACAAGGAAGAGUGUUCUUUCCACGUCGACAUUUCCAAACGAUUUUGUUGUUGUUUUGAGUUUCAACUCCUCGAAAUUCCUUGUCAACAUGCAAUAGCAGCGGCCAUCGUAGCCAAGGUAAAAGUCGAUUCAUUGGUAGCUGAAGAGUACACCCAGAAUGCAAUGGUUGCUGCCUAUGUGGGCAGUGUCGCUCCAGUGAUUCAUACCGAUAAUAUCAUAGAACUCACUGGUCAAUUGUCAGAGUUAGAUAUGCUUCCACCAUCUAGCAGGCGUCCCCCUGGCCGUCCACGUAAGAAACGUUUCCUAUCUCGUGGCGAAGUUCGUAUGAAGACACCAAGAAGACAUACUGUAUGUAGUCGUUGCAAAGGUUGUGGUCACAAUCGUGCAACAUGCAAAACCCCUAUCAGUUAA